AUGGCGACCCAAGCGUCGGCCAAUCCCUCACCACCGACCAACGGCGAUGCGCGGGGACCGUCAAGCCCAACUGCCUCUGCGAGCAUUCCGACACCGGCGCAUGUGAAUCGCAAGAAACAGAAGCGCCGCGAAAAGCAAGCUGCUCGUCUUGCUGUCGACUCGUCCAAUGUCCACGCUUCCCCGGAUCUGGAUAUGACAGCCGACGAUAGACAAUCCAAUGGCCACGAGGUCGAUAGCGCAGAUCUUGACCAUGCUGGAUCGGACGAUACAUUUCAUAACGGAGAAAGCUAUGAUAUGAACGAGCUCCCGAUAUCAAACGAUCCCGACGGCGCAACCUCGUCAAAAUCAAAGAAAAAGAAACCCAAGAAAGGUCGCUCUGACUCACACAUAACGGCUGAUGGCAGCUUGAGUCCUCAUUCCUCUCCUUCCGCUACGUUCUCGCAUCUUCCGCAUCCACACUCGCUCCCCUAUUCGCGCUUCCCUGACAAGUCCGCCAAGGAAAACAAGAUUUGGAACCAAUCGACCUUGGAGGAGCGUGAGAAUAUUCGAACAUUUUGGUUUGAGUUGGGCAACGAGGAGCGACAUCAGCUCGUGACAGUAGAAAAGGAUGCUGUCCUCAGGAAGAUGAAAGAGCAGCAGAAGCACUCCUGUAGCUGCACCGUCUGUGGUCGAAAACGAACCGCAAUUGAAGAAGAGCUAGAGGUUUUGUACGAUGCGUACUAUGAGGAGCUCGAGCAUUACGCCAACACAAAUCAAGGCUCAUUCGAAGAGGGUGCACCUAUCAUCCCUCCGCCUCGACUUUCCCGAUCAACGUUUCAAUCUCCUGGUCAGCAUAUCCACACGGACAGCCAAUACCACCCAUCGAGCGGCCGAGUUCAGGAGCUGGCCGAGGAUGAUGAUGAAGAUGACGACGAAGACGUGGAGGGCUCGGGAGGUGAAUAUGAUGAUGAUGACGAGGAAGGUGAGGACGAGCUCUACAGCGAUAAUGAUCUCGACGACGAGGAAGGCCGCUUCGCUCGCGCGGACUUUUUCGCAUUCGGAAAUAGCUUGACUGUUAAAGGUGCGGUGAUAUGCAAGCUUAAACUGUCCCAAAUAUUUGGUCGUUUUCUAACAGUUCAUUGGAUAGAUGGUAUUCUCACUGUGGCUGAUGAUCUCCUGAAAAAUGAAGGCAAACACUUCAUUGACAUGAUGGAGCAACUAGCCGAGCGUCGGAUUCAUCGACAAGGAGACACACAAUACAAAAUAGCUGCCGCUCAUCCAUCAUUCACUGACGAAAAUCAAAGUCAAGCGCGACUUGACGAUUAUGACGAUGAAGAGGAUGAAGACUUUGACAGUCAAGAAGGAGACGAAGAAGAGUUUGAUGAGGACGAAAUGGAUGCGAUGACAGAAGAGCAGCGCAUGCAGGAAGGCCGUCGCAUGUUCCAGAUAUUUGCCGCUCGGAUGUUUGAACAACGAGUGAUGACCGCUUAUCGAGAGAAAGUUGCUGAACAGCGUCAAAAGCAGCUGAUCGAGGAGCUUCAAGAAGAAGAAAAUCUAAACGAGCAGCGCAAUGCUAAAAAGGCACGAGAAGCUUCAAAGAAGAAAGAUAAGAAGCGCCUGCAGAAACAGGCCAAAGAAGAGGAGAAAGCUCGUCGUGACGCUGAGAAAGCGGCUGAAGAAGCCGCAGCCAAAGCUGCCCAUGCCAAGAAACUAGAGGAGCAACGGUUGAAACGUGAGGAACAGCGAUUGAAGCGGGAGGCUGAUCGUAAAUCCUACGAAGAGGAGCGUGCUCGGAAGGAGGCAGAGAAGCAGCGGCGUCUUAAGGAGGAGAGAGAGAGACAAGCCGAAUCAGAACGUAAACAGCGAGAGCAAAAGGAAGAGAAAAAGAAGCGAGAAGAGAAGAAGCGGAAAGAAAAUGAGGAAAGCGAAGCCCUUGCAAAGGCGAAAGCGAUUGAGAAGCGAAAAGAAAAUGAGGAAAGCGAAGCCCGUGCAAAGGCGAAAGCAAUCGAGAAGCGAAAAGAAGAUGAGGAAAGCGAAGCCCGUGCAAAGGCGAAAGCAAUCGAGAAUACCAAGGCUUUGCGCGAGCAGCAGGAGCGAGCAAAGAGUGAGCUGGCAACUGACGCAAAGUGCACCGCCGGCGAGACAGAUAACCCUAACACAGCUGGACUGCCUAGCACAGCCAGGGUCACGCUGGAAAACCCCCCCGCCGAGCCCGAGCACAUUCUUCCUUCCCCAACUCGGACAAAGUCAACCACUCCCAGCGACGUGAAUUUGUCUACCUCACGGCUACACUCUACCGCAGCCGUGGUACGGCUGCCCUCCACAGUAGCCGUGGUGGAACCCAGCGCUGCCGAGCAGAUUCCGAGUCCGACAAUUCAAAAGGAAUUCGCCCCUGACACUGGUGAGGUGGACGUCUCUACAGCAGCCGCGAUGGCGCGCAAAUCUAACGCUCGCAAGCGUGCGAACAAUCGAAACGAAUCCACCAUCAACGCCAGCGUCAGAAUGACCAAUGAGAUGGAAAGUGUCAACGAACGGACUUUCAGAGCUGGCUCUCGUUUCGGAACUUCAAUUCUCUCCCCUGCCGCUCAUAUUCCGUCGGAUUCUGUUCUCGCCUCUACCCAGAUCCCUCAAUACCCUCAGAACCAUCCAUAUCUUCAAUACUCUCAAUACUCUCAAUACUCCCAAUACUCUCAAUACGCCCAAUACGCCCAAUACUCCCAAUAUGCUCCAUCCUCUCAAUACUCUCACUUUCCUCAAUACAACAUGGGAAACAAUACCACUCCCAAGAUUGACACUUCUGCCAGGCCACGACAAACAUCCCUGUUUGUGCCUCGCCCUUCAUCCUCGAAUCCUCAACCAUUCUCUUCGCAAAUCUUCCCGCAGUCUAUUUCUCCCCGUUCAAUUGUGCAGCCGCAGAGUGCAGCCACUGGGGGCAGAUCAGGUUACCAGCAGCCACCAACUUUACACCAUCCUCAACCUUCCUCCCCCUUGUCGCCUCUUGGCAGAACCUACCCUCCUGGCUUCUCGGGCUUCGUUGGGCUACCUUCGAUGAAUGCAGGUCUGCCAGGCCUGAGUGCUCAAGCCGAGUCACUUGAUGAUCCUGAGUAUUCUCCUUUGGAGGAGAAGUGGAAACCAGAUUACACCCAGAGAAAUCGGUCCCUCGCUUUCGCUGAGCCGAGUGACAACAGCGGAUCACGCGCAAUUCGCACUGUUUCUUCUGGCAGAGGUUUUCCAUCUGAUCCUGCCCAGGGUAUUCAAUCCUCUGCAUACCAUGGAACGCCUGGUGCAUUCCUUAUGCAGCAACCCGGAUCUCGACUGGAGUCUUCUGACUUGGCAUCUCCGUUCUCGCGUCUUAGUCUUGGCAAUGGCCGGACACAGCCAAGCGGUGCAGGAUAUUACCAUGACGUUCAUGGUCCACCAUAUUACCACGACCAUGAACAUUACCCGUCCCCCCGGAUUCUCCAUCGCAGUCUACUUGACGAUAUUCAUGACCUGUAUCCGCCCAACGCAGAACGUGCAUUGCUCACCACCUUGCCAGAAGAGCUCCCUUUCCCAACCCGAGCUAGUUUCCAACAGGGAUCACCUCUUCCUGAACCUUUAGGAUCCAAGUCCACCAAACUUGGAGUCAAUGAUCCUGGAUGGAAGGAUCCUUUUUCAGGCACUGUUUUCUCGUCGACUUGGUGCAAACCUACUAGUGUCCGCUGGCCACAGCCUCGGCCGAAUACCAACCCGUUCGCUGCUGGUGGGACCGCUCGUCGUGGCCCCCUCCGUCGAUCUGUGACUGUUCGUCUCUUGCUUGCUCAGGCUUGCACGAACCUAAACCCGAAGGGUACUCCAGCCUACCACACAUUCGAUGAAGCGCUUGCCGAGAUGAACCGACUGCUUCCAUUCGAUUCAAACGAGGCUCCUAUCAAGAUGGUUGAGGUGCUGGAUAUCUGCGACACAGACGGUACUCUUGUGAACGGCGGUGGGUCUUUCUGUAUCAGAGAAGACAUAAUGUCUGUUAGGUUUGAACCACAUAGGACCGGAGCGGUACCUGAUCGCCGCGGUGAGGUUCCGGUAAAGGGUAUUCGCACCCGCCCCACCGACGAAUAG